GCUUGUUUGAGUACUUUUCUUCGUGUGAUAAAAAUGUGAAGCUGAAGUUUCAUUGGCCCAGCUUUUCCGCGACUAUUGCCUGUCCCUACCCUCUAGCAGCACGCUGGAUGAGAACAGACAUGAUUUCAAUGCAUGGACAUUACUUCGAUCUUCACUUAGCCUGGUAUCCGGAAUGUGAAUGUUACCGUGAGGACUGAAGUUGGAUUUAGUUGGAGGAAAAAAGGAGAACAUUUCUUCUUCAACUUCCUGCAAGGCAUAACAGAGGACCAAUAUGCAGUCUCUUCGAUGGGUUAGUGGACCGUACCACCAGUCUGGACAAUCCCCACAGUCCUCACAAGCAGCCACUCAAAUUACCCAGGACACAGUGAGGAAUCAGCAAGCUGGAACUGCAAAUACUGUAUAUCAAUUUAGAGCAGCAAACACAGGAGUCCAAGCACCACAAAUUGCUCAUUUCAUCCAUGGCAAUGGAGCUUCUAACAGACAGACGUCAAGCGGGCAGACCUCAGCAGUUUCUCAUCAGCCCGUUUCUUCUCAGCAGCUGACUGGGGGGAUGAAUAACUGUUAUCUGAAAGGGUUGCAUGGCAAUCUUCAAAACUCAUCUCCUAUUACGCAAAGUGGAAACCCUCAGCUGAUUUAUGGAUGUAAGGUUGCCGUCCAGAACUCUGCUCAGAAUUCAUUCAAUGCAAACACUACAAACAUUCAGCAAGACAUGUCAGGAAAUUGGAAACAGUCAUUCCCAUCAAUACGACUACAGAAUGGAAAUGUUGUGUCUCUUUUCCAACACUGCAGUGAUCAGGGAAACUUGUAUCAAAAUGUAAACGGAGUACUCACACCAACAGCUACCUUGCAUCCACCUGCACAGGCGGUUUGCAACAGCACAUCAGUGUCUGCCUCUGCACAAAAUCUACAGACUGCGCAGAACCAACACCACAGACAAAACCACACUCAGCACGGGCCCCCUCGUACCAUCGCCCCACGACCUUAUACCAUGGCUCUGUCUCAGUCUUAUAGAAACAUUACAACAAACUCGCCAUCAAAUGGACAGAGUUUGCACAUUUCCAGCACGAGUCAGAACACUCAACAAUACUCAACGCAGCCCAACUUAGCCCCCAACAAUGGGCAAGCGGCCACCUACUCCAUUAACUCAAAUUCAUACCAGAGCAACCAGUAUGAAAUGAAAAGGUUCUCGUCAAAAACAAAUAAGCUUCCCUUAAAUCUUACUGCAGAUACACAACAGCAAAUGCCCGGCCCCCAGAUGAGCCCAAGUUUCACUGACAGUCAAUUUAAGUCAGUCACUGCUAGCUCAGAUGGUCGUCCUCUAGUGUAUACUAGUUCAACGCACAACGGGAUGCAGUUUGGAAGCAGGAUGAUGGAGUCUUAUCCAACACACUAUAACUCUAAUACCCCCCAAUCUUUAUCACUCCAUUCUGGACAUUGUUCACCUAAAACCACCCACAGUUUUACACCAGCAAAACAGCAUGUUGUAGAUGAGCUACAUGAACCGAAGCAACAGCCUGAGGGCAUUUCACCACAAAAAAACCCGACGCACUCCUCACUACCAAACAACUUAGAAAUGCUUGAAAUACUUGAAAUGCUCACAUCUGGCAAUCCAAACAACAGCUCCAUUCAUUCAUCUCCUGGUCGCACAGGGCCAAGAGCUGUUGCUGUUGUGCAACCAUUGGCGCAGGAAUGCUACCAGGUUGCCGGUAAGCAUUCAUCUUCUAAGACAAAUAAUCAAGAGUGUGAACGCAUCACAACAGGUGAAUCUCGAGGCUACCUUGAGAAAUUAAUUACUUCACCAGAAGUGGCAAACAACAAAUCGGCUAAUCUUUUAAAAGAUGAUUAUAGGUUUCCCCCACAAAACCCAAAUCAAGUGAGAUCCAACAAAUCUCCGAUCAGGAAUUCAGCAACUUCCAACAACAGUGCUUUUGUGACAUCUUCAGAUUCACUUGGGCCACCGCCACCAUACCCUAGGCAACCUUUAUGUGCAGAUUAUACAGGACCUGAACUGGCUAUUAAGACGCAAUUAAACCAGACUGUUCCUCCAGCUGCUCAACAGUCAUUAACCUCUGAAGUGCCUGAAAGCCAAAAUGGGGGUAAGAACAGAAGUGAGAUGCCAUCAGAUGCAGAGGGCUUGCUUUGUGAUCUUUCAUCACUACCAGCAAACCUAUGGAGAGUUAAACCAUUAAUGAAGUGGUUACAGAGGAUUGAACAAACUGAGACAAAGUCAGAAGUUCCUCCAGAGGUUGAAACUGCAGAAAAGUUAUUAAGCAUAUAUUGGGAUGGCAGCUGUAAAAUUUUGGGCAAUAAGCUCAGGGAAGGCUGGUACAAGGAUUUAAUGAAUGAAGUAAAUGAAUUCUGUGCAAAACAUUUAACAGUAGAAACUGUUAUACUGGCACAGGUAAAGCCCACCUUUGUAAAGCAACUGAAAAGCUUCCAUGUGACGGCAGAUAAUGAAGUGUAUUCAGAACUGCCUUACACGUCAUCAUGGUUGAAUACGAAUGAGCAGCUAGAUGACAUUGAUAAAGAGUUUGGCUUUCCGUGGUCUUUAAUACAUUGUCAUUUAACCUUUGACAGCGACAGCCAGCCAGAUAGGUUUGAGACAGAUGAGACAAUCAACAGCAUUCCUGAAAAUGAGGUGCAAAGUAGGACUUUGUCGCAAACAAAAGUCACACCUGUCGAAUCAGACACAGGAAAACAUUCCACUGUUGAAAUGCCUCCAACAGAACCUGCCUCUCCUGAUAAAACAGACUGCAGAUUUUCAGAUUCCAGUGACUCAUUUUUGUCCUUUGAAAUCCAUGUUUUGCCACCAGAAGAGGCGAAAAAGAUCUUUGAGCAAUUACAAAGCGAGACGCCACAAAGUACGGAAACUGUUUAUCAGCCAGAGAAAGUCACAGACAGUCCUGAUGAGGAUGUGUUAACUAUGAGUAUAGAUGGUCCAAAAAGUGACUCAAAACGGGAGAAUGGGGCCAUCACUCCACUUGAACAGAUUUGCUGCAUUGAAAGAUGGAAGCAAAACAUUUUGGGGGCCAACAUGACCUCUUCAAGCUACUGCCAGUGCAAGAUGCAGCAAAGCCAUAAAGACUGUACUGAAAAGACCCCUGAUGAGGAAGACCACAAAUUUCACUCUGCGGUGGUAGGAGAGAAUCAAGCGAAGGGUUGUGAGAACAUUGUCAAUCAAAUUCAAAAGUUUAGUUGGCCUGAACUAUGCAAUGAAGUCAGUCAAACCAUUGACUUAACUGACAGUAGUGACAACCCUUACUCGGAUUCUGUCAAAGACACAAAUAACAUUUCCCCUCUAAGCACUAGUAGUAGCUCAUCAAGCAUUAUUUUCAUAAGUGACAACAAAGAUGAAAAUCUCUCAAGCAGUGAAGUUGAAAUUCUCAACCAGAUGCCAGACCCAGAAGAGACCUAUGAACAAGGUCACCAGAAACCUACAAAAAGUAGCCCGUCAACUGGUUCACACAGUAGUGAGAAAGUCCUCAGUGGUGGAAGUGACUUUGCAACCACACACCUUGUAGAUGACUGUGGACAAUCUCAGCUGACACCUACAAAUGAGGCAGAGUCAUCAGUUGAUCCAGAUUCACCUCUUGAGGGCAUUUCAAAAUGUAGGAAGGUUUCUGUUCUUGCUGCUGAUAGUGAACCUUUUGUCACAAAUGUCAGAACUGUUGAACUGGUGCUCUUUGGUUCAGUGUCACAAGCAAAGGGCUCGGUUGGCUGCCGCAAGAGCCAUGAGUCAUCUCCACAGGCUGUAUCUGAUGCAUCUGAUAAAGAACCAAAGCCUCCAGAGGUUCUCACUGUUAGUCUCAGCCCCUUCAAGAGAAAGCACAGUGAAACUGUCCCCGCAAGGGAAUACUCAGUCAAACGAUGGAUCCAUGAAAAAUGGAGGAAAUGUUUUUCACCAACUAAAAUUAGGCACAGAAGCAAACUGAAAACACAGAAGUAUGCUUUAUCUGAAGCUAGGCUCAAGAAAGCUGAAAGAAGUGGCCCCACCAACACAGAGGAGCUGCCAGCUUCCUCUGAGACUAAGUCCAGGAGUGGGAACAACAGGCACUACAUGAGUCUAAAGAAGAGAAGGUCCCUCUCAUAUGGUCUCAAAUUAGGAGAGAAGAAGACAAAGAAACAUGCAGUCACAUUGAACUCAGCUGUUCAUGAGAGAAGUAAAGCUGAAAAUGAAAGCCAGGCUGUUGUGCCUCUCCAGGAGAACCUUGUGUUGAAGUUUAGCGUGUUGCCCAAUACCUUCAGCUUCAAAGAUGCAUCCAAUGGACUAAAAGAAGCCACUGAUAAUGUUUCAGAUAAAGCUGACCUUGUGGGAGCAGAUGACGAGAGCCUCAGUGUACCAUCCAAGAGACCAAGAGGUGCAUGGUAUCCAAAUCUUGAGAAGCAGUAUAUUUCUCUACGUACAUCUCCCGUCAAGAAGCAGUAUAAUCCUUUACAUGCGUCUCCUGUCCCCAAGACGUCCAGCAUCUUCAACGAGUAUCAGAAGAAAUACACGAAGAAGAUGCAGCCAUCCAUGGACAAAUAACAACACAGUCAAAUGUGUUACUGGCAAUUGAGUUGUCCUCCAAAUUGUUACAGAAAUGAUUGUGUUUUAUAUUGUAUUACUUGCGGAAUAAAUUGAAGUUGAGGCACAUUUGUAUGUUUUUGACCUUAAGAGUUAGUCAACAACUUAAUACUGUAUAAGAUAAGUUCUGAUGUUUGCACAUAUAAUGUCAGUUUUCAUGCCUGAAAUGGUUUACAAGUCAUCCACUUCAGGUAUAAUUUGUAUACAUAUUUAUUUUUUUCUACAUU